AAUUUGCCACAUUUCUUUAAUUUCUCUCUUUUGUUGCUUUGUUUUCUUUGGUGGGUGGAAUAAGAAAGCUCCAAAGAAGAAUCCCACCGACGAUUGCUUUCCCUCUCUUUCAUACCCUCCAAAACCCACCCCCAAGACAAAUAAAUAGGCAGCAGAGAGAUUGGCGCUCUAGCCAGCUCUAGAAACUUUCACUGUGUUUAGUUUAUACAUGGGAAACUGUAUCUUUGGAGGCUUGGGAGAUCAGGUUGAUGGAGGAGUAAUCAAAGUCGUCACAUCCAACGGUGGGGUCAUGGAGUUCUUCGCGCCAGUAACCGUUGGCUGCAUCGCCAAUGAGUUUCCAGGCCACGGCAUUUUCCGAAGCCACGACCUCUUUUGGAAGCCACUCUCUCAGCACGAAGAGCUUGUGGCAGGCGAGUCAUACUAUCUACUCCCCCUCCACGCCCAAGCCACGACAGACAACGUUAACGUUAACACACACGGCCAAAUUGUCCGACAAGGCCACAUCCGGUCCAACAGCAUACCGGCGACGUCGUUGGUUGCCCCGUACAGGAUGUCGUUUGAUUACCAGGGGAUGCUGAAGAGGUCUUACACGGAGGUUUUCUCUCGGUACAACAGUGGAAGGUUUUGGAAAGUGAAGCUGGUGAUUAGCCCGGAGCAGUUGCUGGAGAUACUGUCGCAAGAGGGUCGCACCCAAGAGUUGAUAGAGAGCGUGAGGACCGUCGCUAAGUGCGGUAGUGGUGGGGUCUCGUCUCUGGAGUUUUCAGACCGAUGGAGCCUCUCUAGCAGUCGGAACGCUUCCUCUAAGAAAGAUGGAUUAGUACUAGACAUUUAGGGUUAAUUAAAUUCCAUGAUAUGAGAAAUUAACCUUUGUUCUUCAUUGUUUUGUAUUAUAUCUAUGAAAUGGUGAUGUAGACUGUUUCAGACUUUCAAUGUGAGAUAGAUCUUUGUGGUCA